CUCUCUCUCUCUCUAAUUCGGUCCGUCCUUUAUUUAUCGUCGUCUUCUUUAUUGCUAAUGAUCCCUGAUCAUUUUCUUUUUCUUUUUCUUUUUUUGUUCAUUUUAAAUUUCUGCUCCAAAAACCCUCAAAAGCUCUUCUUUUAGGCUCUGGGUUUCCGUCUUCUUUCUCAAAAAGUCCUGAUAGUUGUUGAAUUCUAUACUUAAGCAGCAACACCGCCUUGAAGUGCCUUGUUUCUUUAACUCACGUGCACUUGACAAAUUGCUCUUUCGAUGGAUUUGAAAGCAAUAUCCUGGGUUGGGAAUAUAUAUCAGAAGUUUGAAGCUAUGUGUCUAGAGGUUGAAGAGGUUAUGUAUCAGGACACCGUUGAUUACGUUGAAAAUCAGGUGCAAACAGUUGGUGCGAGUAUGAAGAAGUUUUAUUCGGAAAUUAUGCAAGAUUUGCAUCCCGAAUCUUACGUAGAUCCCGUGAAAGUUGCUGCUGCUGACUUGUCUCUGAAUCCUUAUGCUCACCAUGAGAUUGAGAAGAAGCAAAAGGCGAGCCUCAAAGAACAUUCUAGAGGCACAGAUAUGAAAUUUACCGAAGAUACUGAAGUCAUCAAGGGAAAAAGCAAACACGGUGGGAUCUAUAAACGCAGAAGUGUUGGGAACAGAAAGAAUGCUAAAGACAACUAUCCUCCAUUAAGGAUGUAUUUACCUGUGACUCCUUUGUCCUCGGAGAGGACUAGGAAGUCAUCGGGCUGUGGUAUAAGAGAAGGUUAUGAAAUGGCAUCUGAUCGCAUGGAUGAAACUUUUCAUCUACCCUCGGCUAAAGGAUAUGCCUCUCGAGAAAUGGUAAGUGAAACUUGUGAUCCUAAAUCAGAUACAAAUAUGCACACAACCAGCAGUUCUAUAGAUAAUGCAGUAUCUGGCACGGCACUAAAAGAUGAAUAUGCUGAGCAGAAGCAAGAUCCUGGAUGCACUUCCCCUUUCGGGGGCUCAUCAUCAGGAUCGAGUGGUACACCACAUGGACAAUUGACAGAUGGCACAAUUUCUCAUACUGGUGAUAGUACAAUCAACAAUGGAUCUGCAGAAAGAUCAGAAAACCAUGAUUUUGAUGUACUCGAGGCGGGUGAUGUGCUCGAACAAGAAGUGGAAGUAGAUCGUGAUGUUGAGUCACGGUUGGAGGAAACAUGUGUAUUGGUUGAAGGGGACGAGCUUCUCGCCCCACAAGAUCCCGUCAAACACAAGUCGUACAAGAAAAAGAUUCGCGAAGCAUUUUCUUCAAGAAUGAGAUUAACGAGGAAGGAGUAUGAGAAUCUCGCAACACGAUACGAAAAUCAACCUUCAAAUCGUGAUUCUGAAGAGAAGGAAGUGGGAAUGAAGGCAAGCACAAAGGUAUCAUCAGCAAGUGACUUUCCUGAUUCUGAGUGGGAGCUGCUCUAGAUUUGAAGCUUACUGGAAAUAGUAUUUUGCACUUUCCAAUCAAUGUGUAUAUUUAUACAAGAAUGUGAAGAGUAAGGAAUGUGCAUUGCUUAUAUCAGUAAUAAAUAUAAUCCUACUAUUCUCUUCAGAACUCAGUGUACCUACCUAUAAAUACUGCGCAUUAAGAUUGUAAUAAUAAUGUAAUAAUAGAAAAAGUGUUAUACCGAUUAAAUUUGGUUUCAGUCCAUCUGA